CACCAACUAUCAGUUUGAAAAUGAGGUAACGGAUGAGUCAAAAGUGACUGCCACCAAAGCCGUCAACGGCAAUCUCGGCCUCCCGUAAAAAUACAAAUUUCCCAUUUUUUUUAAAAUUUGCGUUGCCAGCAUGCCAAGCACCUUUGUUGUCAAGCACUGCGGCCACGACAGCGUCUUCCUCCCCAAGUACACUCGGUACCAGAAGGCGCAGAAGGUCAAGGUGCUUCGGUGCUUUCCUCACUGCUGCCCGAGCCACGUGUACUACCGGUACUGCGGCGCGCCCAUCGAAGUCAAGACGACGCUUCCGCCCAGCUCGUCCAAGGCGGCGUCGCUCGAGGACUAUGUCGCGCUGCUCAAGAUCGCGCCGGCGUACGACGACGACUGGGCAAUCGGCGACGUCAUUGCGCCAGUGACGCCCGCCGACCUCAAGGCGCGCACCGACGAGCACGGCACCGCGUGGCACGUCGGGCGCAACGAGCUUCAAUCAAGCGGCGAAAGCACGGUGUUGACGACGAGCUUCAACAACGACCUUGUCGACGGCUGGGCGUACGGCUGGAAGAGCGGCCGGAGCCAGGUCGUGCGCGACUGUCUCCACCACGUCAAGGUGUUUGUCUUUGCGGUCGAGCGAUCGAGCAACAGCGUGCACUGGCGGCUCGUCGACUCGGUCUUCUCCCCUGGCUUUACCUUUGUGUCGUACCGCAGCCUCCACUACGCCAACGCGUCCGAGUCCAACGAGAAUGCUUCAGCGCAUCAGUCGGCAUCGCCCGUGCUCUCCGUCCACACGUUCAACUUGCAACCGAGUGGCAUGGCGCCGCCGUCGUCACCGCGCCACGUACCGCCCCAGACCCAGCUCAUGGCCAACCGGCUCGGGCUCCUCUUACUCUGCGUAUGCCAGCUGCCCGUGUCCCAAGGGCCAUGGCAAGCCGACUUAAUCGAGGCGGUGGCCGCAACCCGACGCGCAACGCCGACCCCGCUGCCGUUUUGGCGCGUCGCGGGCGAGCCGCCAAGCGCAGUGCGCGCGAUGCUCGUGCCGUGGCUUGUGCACCUCGUGCAACACGCCACCAUGUACGAGCGGGUGAUUACCGCCAACAGCAACUGCCUCUUUGACAAGGCGCGGCUCAUGACCGCGUACAAUGCCUGCGUCCAUGUGCUCCACGCGGUCUCCGAGGUGUUUUUCGAAGCGCGGGGCACGACAGUCGGCGUCAUUGCCAAAGCCGUCGCAACCCCGGACCUCGAAGACGCGUUGCAGGCCCAGGUCGCGACCGAGGGGUACUUUGGGUACCAUUCGUUUGUAGCGCAUUUUCGCGAAGUGUUUCUUAGCUCGACGUCGGGCCCUGUCGCGUGGCCAAGAGCGCGCAUCUCGCCACUGUGUGGCGACUGGAUCUUUGAUCCGAGCUGCAGUCGCCUCGAGCUACCGGAAUGCUCUGUCCUGGACGCCGUGCGGUGGACGACAUGGCUUUAUCGGUGUCGCCUCGCGCAUACUAACGGCUCGCUCUGGGUGCAGUCGCACUGGGGCGUCUACGCGAGUCGCCCGAGCCGACUGGUGCUCGACGGAUCCCCGCGCAUUCUGCGCGUCUUUCCCAACGGCGAGUCGACGAUGGCCGGGCACGGCCAUGUCUUGAAUGGAGACUAUGUCGCGUUCGAGCCGUCGCGCGGCGAGGUCGUCGUCGAGUACUUUGGCUACGACCUGCUGCGGCACGAAGGUUCACGUGUCGUUUUGCAUCUGACAUGCCGCGACAAGAGCCUUGUCGUCCGCGCCGCGAUCCACCGGCUGGUUGCACCGAUGGACGACGACAUUGUGUGCUGGAGCCCCGAGAGCCGCGUCCAGCUCUGGGCCACGUCCCCAUUCGACGUCGUUGGUCGCGGUGACGCCGUGUACGUGGCUGCCGCAUAGAGCAUAGCUCAAGAGACGUAAUAUGACUGGGGUCUCGAUCGAU